GCGGUUUGUUUCCGAGUGUCCCGAGGUGUCAACAAAACGUUAGCCGUGGUGGAACUCUUUCGUUAAGAAAUGGUGAAAGAAUUGUCGGAAAUUGCAUCGAAGGGUGAUGUUGAAAGGUUAAGGGAACUAUUUGAAGAUCCAGAAAGUUUGUAUUCCACGGAUCCAUCGCAGGCGUUGAACAAAAGAGAUGCAGAAGGUAAAUCCGCGCUGGAUAUUGCUGCCAUGUUGGGUCGGAAAGAAAUGGUUCGAGAGCUUCUAGAACGUGGAGCAGACAUUAAUAGCCAAACCAAGAGAGGUACGCGACAAACUUAGUUCUUACGAAGAAAGCAUUUAAUUUAUGGUUCGAUUUUUUAAAUGUUUAAUUGCAGCUGUCUGAUACAAUUAAUUAAGAAAUGGUAAACGUGCAACGUGCAACCAUGGAGUUAUGGAUGUACGCGGGAGGUUGCUAAGCACGAAAGAAGCUUAAAAGUCUGCGACUCUAGCUUCUUGAGUGCUUAGCAAACCUCCCAAGUGCAUCCAUAACUCCAUGGUUGCACAGCUGCAACGUUUACCAUCUCUUUUAUAACAUAAUCAAAAGAGAAAAACAUUAUUUUCCAUGUGCCUUCAGUUGAGUCAUCGGUCCGACAUCAUGUAUGCUGCCAUAUGCCCGCGCGUAAACAAAUCAUGUUCUAUGUUUUUCAAAACCUUGCCUUUGAGUUUUUCUUUCGCUGAUUCAACUCAAUCAAUCAAUCAAUCAAUCAACUUUAUUUAAACACAGUAAAUGGCUCAGCAAGCUUGUUUUCAGACAUGCCGUGGGAUAAUUACAAUUUAUAAAAAUUAAGACUAGUGAUUAACUAACAAUACAAUAUAACAGCAAGAAAUGAGUAUUAGAAAUAAGAUAAAAACAUAAUAAAAUUUAUAUCCUAAGAUAUGGCGAGUUUAAAGCUAGUAAGAUCCCCCAUCUCACGUGUUUCAUUUGACAGUUGGUCCCAAGCCAUUGCACCCCGAUUAGAAAAUGAACACUUGAGAAAAUUUGUUUUAGGUAGUGGUAGUUGGAGAUCAUAGUUAGAACCCCUCAAAUUGUAGUCAUGAAUUUCAGAGGUUCUAUGAAACCGCUCCCGAAGGUACUGUUCUCCGUCUUCAGGUAAAUUGCAAAACGUUUUUUUUUUGUUAUUCUGAAUGGCAUCUGUCUACUUGCUCUUAAUAUUAGGGUAAAAACUUUGAGGGAAAACUAUAGCUGCAACUAUAAACACCAACUAAAAAGACUCUAAAAAAUAAGCUAAAACUAAAUAAAUGAAAUAAUUAUCAAGCUUAUUUAUGUGAGAAUUUUUUAAAAUAAACGUAAAGUAGAAAUGAGAAAAUUUGACUGUAAUUCCUUUAGAAUAACAGGUAACACUAAUUUUAAAAAGAAAUUAACUAGCUUUGUAUCGAAAUCUGCCUGGGGAAAUCCAGCUAUGAAAGUCAAAGUUGUUACUGAAAUUUGCCGAAACACAGCCGGCGCUGAAGCUGUUGUUUUUCGACCGUUCUCUGAACGACUGUUACGAAUGAACACUGAGGAACAAAAUAAUACACACAGAAGUUAUGUUUUGAAAAAUUUAUUUGAAAACCCAAAUGUUUCUGUACUGAAAUAAAAUUCGCUUAUUCCAGCAUAAUGUGCCUGUUUAAACUCAACUAAAAUUUUUAAUCAAUGCGAUGCAAACUUCACAACAAAGCUGUCUCGAAUUUGAGCGUGUUUCCUAAAAUAUUUGCUUGAAUUUAACAUCAGCUUGACCAAAAAGUCAAUAACACAAUGCUAAUUGAUAAAUUUACAUUUCAAACAGACUUUCUCUUCUAUAAAAAACACACAAAAUGUACCUUAAAUCUUCGCUCACUCGAUUUUCCUUCAGCCGAAUUCUAGCCGCGAGGAAAACAGUGAUUAAUUCAUCCAGGACAAAUUUGUCGCUUGAUCUUUUGUCUUUUUUCCUUCAAAACGACAGCUUAGUGUUUUCUUCAACUUCCACUUUUCAUCUGUGCAUUUCAUCGGUGUAUUUUACCGUCAGGAGAGGAGAUUUGUUGAAUUUGCCUAAAUUUUACCGCACUAGCUCAGUUUCUUGGCGUGCCCCCACGGGCAAAUGGUAGUGGCGAACUGACCCCUUUUUGUUAUGUUAUAAAUCGUGAUGGUGAACAUUCUUGAAGAAGAUAAGCUUAAGUAGACUUGAGGAAUACUGGGUUUGUUUAAGACCCGGAAUCUGGAAACCCCACGCCAAACGCCGAAUGACUCUGAGGUUUAGUGAUUAGGGUUAGGAAACUGAGUGAAUUAGGUUUCAGGUCAGUUUGUCCAGUAUAAUGACCCCAAAUGUGACCUGAUUCACUCAGUUUCCUAACACCAAUGAGUCAUCCGUAAUUCGACGUGGGUUCCUCGGAUUCUGGCUUUUAGGCAAACCCAGAUAUAGUAACACUAUAUAAACGAUCUUGCAGUGAUACAUAAUUCGGGGAGGGGGGGGGGUACUAUUGGGAAUUCUUGCUGGGGGUGUGCCGCCGGGUUCUCCAAAUCCCGACCCUAUUUCAGACCAACAAAUGUAAUUUUCCACACCUGUUUUCAGACCAGAUCUCUAAAAUCCAUACCAGAUUUCAGACCUGUUCUUUAGGCCAAAAUUAUGUUAUCAUUACUUAGAUUAGAGUACAAACAAAAAAAUCUUCAAAUCUAUUUCAAAUUCACAUAUUUCUCUUUCUUUCUUACUCAUUUGGAAUGGAAGUGAUAAAUACGUUCAUACACUCCUGUAGUUCCCUCAAAAACCAUACCUGAUUCCAGACCAAAAUGAGUAAAGCAUAUACCCGUUUUCAGACCAAAACGGCGCCAAAACCCUACCCUAAAACAAGACAAGACACAUUUAUUUAAUCAACUUUAAAUUUAGUCCCCUCGCAAUUUUCUUUUUUUUAAGUACAAAAAUAAGUGAAAAGUAACACAGAUAAAAUCAAACGACAUUUCAGUGUUGUUGUAACGCCAUUUUCAAGUUCGAAAAGUAUCUGGUAGAUAAAAUAAUUAUCAGAAAAAGUUGUCUUAUAUUUUCAAAGCAUGUUGAGAUUGACAUUAUAAAUUGUGAUCUGGAGGCAUUUCACUAUUAAUUAUUAUUAUUGUCUUUAUUAUUACUAUUAUUAUUAUUAUUAUUAUUAUCAACAGUUCUCUAUCAUUAUCACAACUGUACUUCACUAUGAUGAUUAACCAAACAUUAAUUGAGGAUAUUACUUGGCUGCGCAGAGAUGCAAAAAAAUAUUUCUAUUCCUGAUCGAUCUGACACCUGGUAUUUGUGUUUAUGUAAUAAGAAUCUCUUUUUAAAGUUUGAAACUAAAAAACCAGCCCAUUUCUUUUUAGUCAAGACUGUCAUUCCCAAACUGGGUCACGUAUAUUCUAUUUUUUUCUUAGAAACAACCAAACGACCUAACUAAAAUACAAGGUUGUUUUUCGUCAGAAACAGCAUGUUGUUCAGAUAGAUGAUGGUGGUUUUCAAUUUAAGGGGGAUCAAUGAAAACACCUAACUAUACAUGAAUAUGCUUCAAGGAAGCUCAUCUCUUACUUGAAGCUUCAGGGGUGGUGGGGGGUGGUGGUUUAUUGUACCUUGUGACUCAAUAAUUUAAUCUACAGCAUCCUGAUAAAGUCAUGAUAUCUUAAUGACAGGUUACACAGCUUUGCAUAGAGCAGCAGCGUGGGGGCACCCAGACUGUCUGAAAGUGUUAAUCACAAAUGGUGCAGAUUUGCAGAUCUGUAAUGUACAUGGUGAGAGAGCAAGAGAGGCAGCUGCGAGGUACCAAAAAGACAGCUGUGUUGAUUAUCUGGAUCGUGCAGGUAGUAAACUUUCUUGUUACUGUUAAUCUUGUGAUUGCUGAGUUUGUCAACCUCGUUUCCAGGGUUCGCUCCUACCCAUCCUUACAGAGCGAGUGAGAGAGAGAGAGACCCUGGUUGAGUCUGGUCACGUGUCUCCAGAACAAAAUUAAUUCUGAGGGUGAAGUCCUUUGUCUCUCUACUUUGUGUCUGGCUCAUUUUCACUGUUCAUGCAAUGAUUGCAAGAGAAAGAUAGAUUUGCUAACCCUACAACUGUAACUGAAACCAUGGGAUAUUUCUGCCUAGACAGAACUACCACCAGAUAAACAAUCGAAUUUUUUACCAGGGAAGAAAGCAACACCUCCUGUUGUUGCGGUUUAACAGACGACACCACUUGCUAAAAGCUAUGAUCUUGAGUUCUACACAAGCGUGUACAUGUUUAUAAUAAUAUUGAGGGGAAAAUCCCUGUAUGUUAAACUUGCUUUGAAAGUAUCAAUGUUUGCCUGACAGCAGCUGCUGGUAAUGGGCUGAAUCAGUAUACUGCAAAAACCUACACCAUUAGCAGUCUUGGCGGUUCGGUGUGACAGAACAUAACGGGGAAUUUACAUUACACUUACUGAAAGGUCAAAAUAAUAUUUUAACUGUAGAUCUAGUGACUUUAUGGAAAGCUAUAAUCUGUCAGCUUUCUCCACCCCCUAUCCUUUGUUAUGAUGAGCAAUAGAAAGACUUAUCGCUUUUGGUGGUAAAUAGAGAUACAUGGUGCAUACAUGUGUACAAAUGCAGAGGAUAACUACAAUGCAAUGGAUGACAGCAGGAAAUCAUGCAGUAUAAACAGAGACAAAACAGACAACCGAACCCUCCAAGCGAAAGGCAUUCUAGUAAAUGGUGCAUAUGAAAACUUUAUUUAAAAACACAUGCAGCAUAGUGAUUUCUUAAAAUCGUCUUACCUAACCCUCCAGAAAAUUAACAAAAGGAACAAUAAACGGUUUGCAGUUGUGCAAGCCAUAUUUUUUAACAAAGAUACUUAUGGCCAAUGAUCCUAUUGAUUUUAAACGACGACAAAGAAACUGAAAUACACAGAGCCGUAGAUAAAAAUAUAUUCUUUCAAGAUUCUGUUUACCUCUUUUCAUUUGAACAAUCAAACUGUGUCUGGACAGCAUAUUCUCUCUCCCUGUUGCUUUGACCUAUUUAAUUCAUUUUCGAGGUCGUUGAGAUCGAUGAC